AUGUCAUCGUCCCCUAGGGUGUGUUACAGUUAUUCGCAGACCUCUAGUUGUCGAUUCGGCUCCAAGUGCAAGUUUGCGCAUGACGAAGAGUCCGAAGCCACCAAUGAUAGAAAGAGGCGCAAAACCACGCAUGAGCACUCCCAAACAAAUAGACAGGCACCUCUAGACGAUUUUUUUGCAACAUACCCCAAGUUCGAAUACAACUCGUCUGCCUCAGCUUCAUCGGAGUUUUACCGGAUGUGCGACGAGUUUGACUGGGAUAAGGGAAACAAAAAGAGAGAACAAGCCUACCUUGAUUUCAAGGACGCCCUUGUUCAGCAGUUCAACGACAUAUACGGCACGGAUGUGAACGAUCUCACUUCAUGGCGCACUUUGUGUCAGAUCGUCCACGUUUCACCGAUUCCUAAUAGUCUUGAAUCAUGCCGCGAGGCGGUCAAAGCCACUCAUGUCAAUAUUGUUGACUUGGUCGACACAGAAACGACCGGGGAGCCAGUGACGGUAUUUGUUUCGGAGGUGGACCUGAGCCAGUAUACCAUAUCGACGGGAAAGUUCUUUCCAAGAGACAAUGCAUAUGCUGGUGGUCUCUUGAGGUAUCUGCUCCGCCGUAUCAUAAACCCUAGACAAGAACGCGUGUCUAGGUCUGGUCGGAAGACGCAGAGGAGGCGUAGACGUCAUUAA